AUGAAAGUAUUUUUAUGUUGUAUUAAGUUUCCCAAAAAGAAAGCAGAAAGCAAAGAGCCUACAAACAACGAAUAUCAAAACCUCUCAAACAGCUACUCAAUUAUAUCAAUAAAAAGUUCUGACGAAAAAUCUAUGGGCUCUUCCACUUUGUUAAAAGAAAAAUGCAAUAUUGUUGUGGAUGCUCCAAGUGCAGACGAUACUAAAAAUUAUGAAUAUAUUCAGAGAAAGCGGCCAAAAGCUUAUAAUUUAUGCAACAACACUAUAACUGUCAGACAUAUAAAGGAUAACAAUGUAGGCUCGAUGAAAUAUUCGCGUAUUAUCAGAAUAAAGAAAAAUCAAGCCACAGUCCCUCCUCCAAGCCUCUAG